GUGCAGUGUUUUAAUAAUUAAUUGACCUCUAAUCUGUCGUUCAGUUGAAGAUUUCUUCUCACACGGAUCACAUCGUUCUCGAUACUCCUCCUUGCUAAAUCGUCAGAUAUUGGAGAAUUUUUAGCGAAGUGAUUCUCAUAUUUCCACAAUUCCUGGAUCUUCUUCUUUUUCGUUAAUUAACUUUGGUGUAUGUUUUUUCUGUGAAGAUACUUUUUUAUUCAAAAGAAUUAUUUGAUCGACAUUUGUGGGGCACGUUCAAUUUUUUCUGUCUCUGUGUUGGAUUGUGUAUAGAAAAGUGUCGCCGCAUUGGGAAUCAACCUCCAGCCAGAGAGUUCUUCUUCAGUAGCACAGACAAAGUCCAGUGCGAAAGGCAGAAAAACUCUUACUUUCAAUUCAGCAUCAUUUUUUUCUACAAAUUUUCGUUUAAUGUGGUUUUUGAUAAAAGUGUGAUUUCUUGUGAUCAUCCAGGAUGGCACGACCUAAGAUGUCUGGCCUUCCGGUAAUUCUUCUAAUAAUUGUGAUAAUUUAUGGAGGAACCAUUGGCAUGGUGGAUGCCAAGGAGUGCUACAACUUGGACAUUCGGAACCAUAUUGGUCAAUUUGAGCAACUCAGGAAUUGUACCGUUGUGAUUGGUUACCUCAAUAUUGUCCUCAUGGAACGAGUUCGACCGGAGCUUUAUGAGAAUCUCUCCUUUCCCGAACUCAGAGAGAUCACUGGCAUGAUGGUCGUCUUUCGUGUAUUUGGAUUGAAGAGCUUCCGUACACUCUUCCCCAAUUUAACCGUAAUUCGUGGGCAGUAUCUUCUCGCCAAUUAUGCACUAGUUGUGUACGAGAUGCCUCAACUUGAGAAUUUAGGCUUUAAAUCUCUCCUUACAAUUCAACGUGGAUAUGUGCGUAUUGAGAAAUGCAUAAGACUCUGCUAUGCUAACACAAUAGACUGGGAUAGGAUCACAGGGACACGAAUUGGGGCAAAUUACAUUCAAAAGGACAUACGGAGUGAUUGCCCAAAUACAACAAGUUGUGUAGGAUGUGACCCAGAAUUGUGCUGGAGUCAACAUAACUGCCAAAGAUUCGAAGCUCAUCACUAUAAGAAUUGCGAUCCAAAAUGUCUUGGAGGUUGCAGAAAUGGCGCGUGCUUUAUUUGCCGCGGAAUUACAGAUGAUGACAAUUGCGUUGAGAGUUGUGAACCACCAAAGUUACUGAAUACGUUAUCAGUUCGUUGUGUCACUGAAGCGGCAUGUCGUGAGGAGCGUAGAAUUGUUCAUGAUGGAAAAUGUCUUAGUGAAUGUCCUAUUGGUUUUAUGAACGUUACUAAUAAAUGCCAUAGAUGUAAGGAUAGUAGUUGCCCGAAAACCUGCUAUGGAAUGCAGAUAGAUUUCAUUGAGAAUGCUGAAAAGCUCAGAGGAUGCACUGUAAUUAAUGGUUCGCUGCAAAUUAAACUCAACACCGAUUUGGCUGAUCUGUAUGAGGAACUCGAGGAGAAUCUUCGUGAGAUUCGAGAAAUUCGUGGUUUCUUGAAAAUCUACAGAUCAUCCCCAAUAUCAUCACUGUCCUUCAUGAAGAAACUCAAAGUAAUUCACGGUGAUGUCUUGGAAAACAACCAAUUUGCCCUGGCUGUUUAUGAGAACAGCAAUUUGCAGAAACUCUUCAAUUUUGACUACAACCGUGAUGAAUUGAAAAUCAUGAAUGGUGGCAUGAUGUUUCACUACAAUCAGAAAUUGUGCUUUUCGGAAAUUCAGUAUCUUCAAAGCAAUACUCGCUACAAUAAAUCAUUGGACUAUAUAAGCAAAGAAUCAAAUGGCUACAAGCAUGCAUGCAAUAUGGAAAGCAUUAAGACUGAAUUUGAGAUUCUUUCAACAACAAAUGUAUCAAUUACCUGGGAAAGAUACAAUUUAACUGAAGGUAACACAGUGAAGGGAUAUCUUAUCUAUUAUAUCGAAGCACCAAAUGAGAAUGAAGUAGAGACGUAUUUCGGAAGGGAUUCUUGUUCACGGCAUAGCUGGAGAUCCGAGUUACUUACAUUAGAUGACUUGCUAUAUGAUGUAACGCAGGCACAGUAUUCAUAUACAUUAACGAAUCUACACCCGAGCACCCGGUAUGCGUACUACGUGCGCAGUUUUCUAGCAACCGAAGGUAUCAAUGCGCAGAGUAUCGUAAAGUACAUAAGGAUGCCUAUCGAUAAGCCCUCUCCGCCAGUUGUUCAUACGUUAAUGAAGACAAGUGAUUCAGUAACACUGGGAUGGGUUAUUCAAUCGUCUCAAGCAUCUGCAAUUACUCAAUACAAUAUUGAAGUACACCCACGACCAUACUCAAAACCCACCCUCGAUAUGCGCAACUACUGCGAUCAUCCACGUACAGAUGAAACAGUUGAGGAUGAUGAGGUGAAACAUUGUUGUUCUGAACAUGAUGAAGAGACCUAUGAGAUUUUAAGAUUACACACGAGCUACGAAACAAAUCUCAAUUGCGAUGAGGAUCCCUUCCAGCCUGGAUGCCAUUUGUUCGAAUACGAUCGCUUUAAGCGGGAGUUGGAGCUCCUCGUACUGCAGUGCCACCUCUACCAUGGUCACAAUAGCCCCAUAUGCCGCACGAAUACUAGAUGGUCGGGAAAGAGGGAUGGUACUGCUAGCGACAGUUCAAGCUCUCUAUAUCGUCUCGAGAGAAAUGUAUCCAACUUUACCGUUCCCAAUCUAGCGCCGUAUACACUCUACACCUUCCAGGUGUUUGCAUGCAUUGAUGAUUUCACCUGUAGCCCGUAUUAUUCACACAAUGAACGUACUGCAGUUGAUAUUGUUGCAGAUCUUCCAAGGAAUGUCAGUAUUAUUUCUGAACCAGAUAGUGAGGAUUCAUCGGUGGCAUUUCAUUUUAUUGAACCAUUAAAACCAAAUGGAUUUACAGUAGCGUAUAAAGUGGAAGUUCGACGCAUGGGAACUCCAAACUGUGAGACUAUUUGUAUAACUCGUCUUGAGCAUGAGAUGAACAACAACAUCUCUAGACAUUCUACUUUUGAUUUAAGUCCUGGACUCUAUGGAUUCCGUGUGCGGGCAAUUUCUUUAGCAAUGGAUGGCCCUUGGAGUGAAUUUGUAUUCUAUCAAGCAGAAGAGAAACAUAUGAGUACAGCAGUGCAAGUUACGAUAUCCGUAAUAUGUGUUGGUAUGGUGACAUUAGCUAUCUCUUGUGGUGUUUUCUGGUGGAUGAGGCAUCACCAACAGGAUUUACCAAAGCAGGACGAUACCACUGGGUUGAUGUCGGACGUUGAUGAACCACCACAAGCCGAGGAUGAUGAACUCCUAGAGAUGCACGAGUUGAUCAGAGAAAGGCAACAGGAGGAAGAAAUGAGUCGUGCCGUAUUGGAUACCGAAAACAGCAGGGUCACAUUUCAUGCUGAAAGAAGCCCAGCGAAAAGUACUGAAAGUAGUAGUUCAAUGAAGAGUACUCAAAGUAGUCCUAUGAAGAGUACACAAAGUAGUCCUGCUAGAAGAGAUUUUGAAAGUAGUCCUGUGAUGAGUGCUCAAAGUAGCCCAGGGAUGAGUACUCAAGGUAGCCCCGCUAGAAGAGAGUUUGAAAGUAGUCCCGGGAAAAGUACACAAAGUAGUCCUGCUAGAAGAGACUUUGAAAGUAGUCCCGGGAAAAGUACACAAAGUAGUCCUGCUAGAAGAGAUUUUGAAAGUAGUCCAGGGAUGAGUACUCAAAGUAGUCCUCCUACAAGAGAUUUUCAUGCAAGUUCUUCCAAAUCUGCUGAAAUUAGUCCUACAAGGACGGAUGUGGAAAGUAGCACUGCUAGGAUGACUACUGAAAGUAGCCCUGCUAAGACGGAUGCUGAGAGCAAAAGUGCUGAGGAAGAAGAUGAAGAUAUUGAUGCCGGUGAACCUGGUCCAUGGAAACCUAUAAUGGGAGAAGUGAAAAUAGUGCAACUAACACCAAAACAACAAACACGUACUCUACCAAAACAGUUCUCAAAAUUUGACGGUACCUGGCGUCCAGAAGCCAAAAAGAUUAUGAAAUUCCACCUGGAUAAGAACUCUGGUGAAGACGAUCUGGCUAAGAUUGUUUUUGACUAAAACCUGUUUGAAUUCUCACAGUCAAAUUUUAUUUCCUUUUUAUGAUUAAUUUUAUUGCUUGCAUUGUCAUUCCAAUAAUUUGAUACGUCCUACGCAUCCCACAUAAAUGUUAAAAAAAGAUAAAUCCAAUAUGUAAAAUAAGAAAACAAAUAUGAUGUAAAUAU